AUGGUAUCUCCAAGAAAGUGCGCGACUCUUCUCUCAUUGGACUGCAUCAAGACUCUCGCUGAUCUACCGCAGCCAAACCGCAUAUUGUACCCUACCGACUGGUACCCCCAGUCGAAUGCCAACCAGCAAGCGAUGACAGAUGCAUUCGUAAGGAAGCUGGAAGAGUACUUGGGUAUCACGACUACGAAGCUGUCGGUACUGAAAGAAUGGGAGAAGACUGCGCCUGCCGGGACUAACUCCUCGUUGAUUGACUAUCUGGAUAUGAGUGCAUACGCGGUCAAUGGAUUCUUCGGCUACCACAAUUUCGACGACUUCCGGACCGGUUAUUUGGAAAAGUUCGGAAAGAAACCUUACGUCAGUCCAAGUCACACAGCACGGUGGGAAAGAAACUCCAAAUAUACGGUGGAGGACAAAGAUUUGGCUUUGAAGAAGCUACAGGUGUUCAAGAAAUGUGGCGGUGAUUCGGGGCCCGAUCCCAAGUCUUAUGACGAGAUUUUUGUUACUUCGAUACUUGGUUGCCCUCAGUUGGUGGUUCCCAUCGGCCAGAAUUCAUACGACUCAGAUGUGUCUGGGCUAGUCGAGUAUGCUCCAAUAGUCACUACUUUGAUUGGGCCGUCUCAUUCGGACAAACUCCUUGUCGAAGUAGCUUCGAACACUCUCAAAAAAGCUGGCUGGCCUUCGUCAGUUCUCACCGGUCGCUUCAUGUUUGAGAAGGGCGACAACGAGCGGAAUACCGCGCCCCGAGAAAAGCUUUGA